AUGAACUACGACAACCCUAAAGCAUGUGUCUUCUGGGACCUGGAGGAUUUCCCUUUCCCUAGUGGUCAAGAUCAGGAUAUGAGAAAUUCUCUUGUGGCGUUUAAUUUUCGUAAUGAUGUUUCAAUCACGGCUUAUGUUGAUGAGGAAAAAGUCGCAGAUGGCUUGGUUGAUGUUUAUCAGAAUUUCGGAAUCACCAUCCUUCCUGUACAAGGGGGUAAAUAUGCAAGAGUUCAUAAUAUUCUGAUAGACAUUGUUUUGUGGGCAAUGGCUAAUCCUGCUACCUACUUUAAACCAUUGGAUUUGGUGGUAAUCUCAGCAAACAUCAAAGAAGAUUCCGACUUCCUCCGCGCCCUUGAAGCUUUGGGUGACAGAUACUACAAUAUCAUCUUAGCUUUGCCUCAUGAGCUCCCAUCAACCAAUCUGCCUAUUGUAAACUCGGAACGUUUCCUACUGGGGAUCCCUGAUCGAGGAACCUUCCAAAGGCCUCUACACGAGGAGAAGAGCAUAGAGGAGACUGGUCCUUUUCCGAAAGGAAUUCCUCGUUUGGAUCCUGAGGAUAUUUACUGGGCAAGGUCUGAAAUACUCGUCUUCUGGAAUGUCGAGGACCCAAUCAGUAGUACUAUUUGUGAUCUUUCUAUGGAUAUCGAUUGUGGCUUGCGCACCAAGGGUUAUCGUGGUAGUGUGUCAUUAAUGGCUUAUACUGACAAUAAAGAGUUUACAAUCCGUCACCAGCCUUAUCGCUUGAAAAAAUUAACCGUCCUAACCAAAGGAGAUGAUGGAUAUGCCAAAGCUACUAGGAUGUUCUUGGACAUGCUUUUCCUUGUAAUGAACAAGGAUGAGCCUACUCAUUUUAUUAUGAUUUCCAGAACACCUAAAUACAUGUCUAAGUGGGCCAAUGUCAAUCAAGCGUUGGAAGCCAGAGGUUCCGAUGUGAUCCUUGGACCCUCUGAUGCGAUCCAAUUACCACUCUCCGUUGACGGCUUCAUACGUCUUUGCAAAGACGGACCACGUUAUUCUCCAAGGGUUAAAGAAGCCCUUGAACUGCAAGAAUUUUCAUCGAAAGAACUAUGCAUCUUCUGGGUCAUCGAGAAGUUUCCAUCCUAUCCGAUGUCGAUAAAUUUUAUUUUUCAAAGUAUGGAAGUAACCCUUGUGAAGAAGGGUUAUCAUAGUCGUCAUGUGUCAAUGAUUGCUUAUGUUAAUGAUGAAAAACUGACGAAAGUCGAUACGGUAGCCGGAAUGACAAUCACCCUUCUACCUGAAGGAAAUAAAUCUACAAAAGUUACUAGGCUAUUAGCGGACAUGCUUUUGUUUGCAAAGAGGAGUUCGCGCUAUGGAACAAGUUUGUUGGUAAUCUCGGAGCCUUUCAAAGACGCCAGGUUUGAGAGGGUUGCAAAGUCUUUGAAAGGCAUAGGUUUCAAUCUCUUAUCAGCUCAUUUGGAUUAUAUGGUGACAUUCGGAACCACAUUGUGGUCAACUAGAAGCAUUUUUGAUGGGACUGGAUAUUGUCAAUGUGAUAUGUGCUUAGCGAAUAUUGGAAUGGAUGAAAUACCUGGUUCGAGAAUUGAGCACAGUUGGAUUGGGUUCGAGAAUUGA